AUGGAGUCUUGCAAAGAAGGAAAAGAUUUUGAGUAUGAACCAAGUCCGAAAAAUAAAAAAAGUUGGUCUGAACUUCGGGGUGUUGUUAGUGAAUUUAGGAGAAAAUUGUCGGGAGUUUCUGAUGGCUCUGUUCCUGAUCAUAUUACUUUUAGAUCGCUACCAGAUGGAAGGACAAGAAUAUAUUUUUUGGGCACUCCGAGUAAUGGUUGGGAAACAACGCUUUUGUUUGUUGACAUUGGUCAGUACGAGCAGUGUAAUGGAUGUAAAUUACACUGGCAACCUGUCAUUGAAGCCAAUUUCCAGAGCGUUUCAAGUGCCAACAGACUAUCAAAAGAAGAGCAGUUACUCUGGGAGAGGAAAAGACUGACCACCUGGGGAAUAACCUCUUACGAAAUCCACCUUGAAACCGGCAAGCUAGUAUUCCCCGCCGCAAGUAGCCUGUACCAAUGCAUAGACACGGGUUUCCUCCCGGGUCCCUUAUUCCCAUCCGAAUUACGAAUUCUCGCACCCGGCGCAAAACUGUGCCCCCAAAUCUGUCCUUGGAACAGCGCUCUGGUCGCCCAUACCUGUUCCGGCGACCUGUACCUCUCGCACUCCAUAACCGGAUGUUCCGUGCGCCUAACUUACGCGCGCAAGGGCGGAAAGAACCUAACCGAAGACCCCCUAACCGCCGGAACACCUUCUUACGUAAUGCAGGAAGAAUUCACGCGUUACACCGGGUACUGGUGGCAGCCGAAAUCCUCCGACGGAGUUUACCGAAUAGUCUACGAGGAGGUCGACGAGAGCGACGUUAAAAUCUUCUGCUUUCCUUCGUCAACCCUAAACUCGGGAGAAGUCGACGAGUUCCGGUUUCCGCGGGCGGGAACUUCGAAUGCCAAGAGUAAUUUAAAGAUGCUGCAAUUUCGGUUGACCGAUACCCAGCAAAUAGUCGAAAUAGAGACCCUAGAAUUGCAAUAUCCGCUGCACAUAAUGUUCCCGUGGAUGGAAUAUUUAGUCCGAGUUGGCUGGACGCCAGAUGGCAGCAACGUCUGGGUCCAAUUGCUGGACCGAAGACAGCAGAGGAUUGAGCUAGUGCUCCUCUCUGUUGACAACUUUUGCGAGCCUCCUCCCAACGUUUACAACUCGGAGAACCACUUCACACCCUCUUCAGCCAGUGUCCAGGUUAUUUACUCCGAGGAGAGCUCAAUUUGGAUCAACGUCAACGACCUGCUGUACUUCCUCCCGUCAGAUGACCCCACAGAGGUCAAGUUCAUCUGGGGAAGCGAAGAGUCCAAGUACAUGCACUUGUAUCUAAUAACUUCCAGCAUUGCUGGACUGAGCAAUGGAAUUGAGGAACCUCUUGACCGCCUGGACAGUGUUUACUUCCAACCAAGGGUCAUUUCCAAGGUCGCCAUCACCCAGGGCGACUGGCCGGUCCUGGGGAAGAAGAUCUGGGUGGACACCACCAAUUCAAUUGUAUACUUUGUGGGACUCAAAGAAGGACCCUUGGAGCAGCAUGCCUAUGCGGUGUCCCUCAGGAGGCCCCUGGAGGUUAGGUUGCUCACCAGACCAGGGCACAGUUACAACAGCAUAUGCUUCAAUAAGGAGUGCACCAUGAUGGUUGCUGUUUAUAGCUCUAUUAAGACUCUGCCAACCUGCCAGGUGUUUAGGAUUUCUCAGAGUGAUUGGACUGUGGAGAGCAUCAGUCUCACGCCUGUUGGGUACUUGUUGGAGCCUACUAAUUCGGAGAUUGAUCUACUCGCUCCGGUUAUUCAUGCGCAUAAAAUUAAUUCUGGGGAUACCAUUUAUUCUAUGGUCUUUAAGCCGCAUAAUUAUAGGCCCAGGGUUAAGUAUCCAGUUAUUUUGCAGGGGAUGCGACAUUUAAGAAUGCACAUGCUAGCGUCUCAAGGCUACUGCGUUGUUUUAAUAGACAACCGUGGAUCCCACUACCGCGGUUUGAUGUUCGAGAGUCACUUGAAGCGGCGAAUGGGAACUGUCGAAUUAAGUGAUCAGGUUGAGGUGCUAAAUUUGUUGGCCGAUAAAUUGGGAUACUUGGAUUUGAACCGGGUUGCUCUUCACGGAUGGUCUUACGGUGGUUAUUUGAGUUUGAUGGGAUUGAUUCAGUACCCGGAAGUAUUUAAGGUUGCUAUUGCCGGAGCACCAGUAACUUGCUGGAACCUCUACGACACAGGAUACACUGAGCGGUACAUGGACCACCCGGACAGCAAUUACCACGGUUACAUAAACAGCUCCGUCUUGACCUACGUCAAUAAAUUCCCCGAUGAAGAAAAUCGUUUGUUAAUAAUUCACGGAUUAAUUGAUGAAAAUGUUCACUUUUUUCACACAAGCGAAUUAAUUAAUGCGCUUAUCAAAACCGGUAAGCCUUAUCAAUUGCAAAUUUACCCGACAGAGAGGCACAGUCUUAGGAGUUUAGACGCAACGAGGCAUUACGAGACAACAUUGCUGUCUUUUUUACAAAAUCAUCUUUAA